AUGGCACUCUUCAGUGGAACGAAAACCUAUCUUGACUUCUCAUAUGACCUGCGUGAUGUUCGAGACUGGAAGAUUACCGUCCUCAGAGAGACAGAAUACCUACAUGGUAUAACUGCGCUCGCUGUGGACGCCACGAAUGGCUUGCUGGCAUUUGGGUCAAAGGAUGGCAAAAUCCUUGUACUCGGCUCUCCAGCAGCCACAGUCGUCUUACGCGUCUCAAAGCCAGUGAAGUUCUUGGCAUUCGCGUCACUAGUGUUCAAGCUGAUAUGCAUUGAUACCCGAGGAACGCUCUACAUGUGGGAUCUCGCUCAACUUGGGCGUCCUGGACUCGUUACAUCGGAAGCAUAUAUGGAAUCCAUCUCAUGCUUAGCAACAUCUCCAUACCACAGCCAUGCGUUUAUUGGAUUGGGACGUGGAGCAGUGAUGACAUACGACAUGUUAUGCAUGAAUCGCUCUCCAUAUAUCAUACCAAAUCUGUGGACAUCCCAUGAAGUAUCUGCUCAUCACGCCAAGUUUUUGUCUUCACAUAAUGCGAAACCGUCUGAUCUCGUAGAUAUCACCAUCCAUCCCAGGGACCUGAACAUUCUCUUCAUUAGCUACGCAGGUGGCUGUGUCCUUUACGAUCUAACUGAGCGUCGCUCACUGCACCACUAUGAACUCAUACUUCCUCCAGGGGCACCUGGACCAAUUGGUUAUUAUGAUCCCGAUGUGAUGAAACCUCGUCGCCCUGCAUUAACUUCCAUUGCUGUUCAUGCUUCUGGACAACUAUUCGUCACGGGCCAUGCUGAUGGUUCACUGGCAUUUUGGGCCGUUGAUGAUGAAGAGCAACCGCUCAUGGUGCGCACGAUUGGGCGACUAGAUAUAAACUAUCCCGAGGGAGAAGCACUUGAUUUGGCUCUUUCGAACCCUCACCACCUUUCUGCAGAAGAUCUGGAUAAUCUCCAGUUAACACCGAUCACUAAGCUGAGUUGGAGCUCAUUCGGGCCACAAGCCGUGAGCGAUCCAUAUACCAGUAGUGUCUUGACUGUUCUCGGAGGUAUCAUACCCAAGCAACAGACUGGCGUCACUACUAUUCGAUUCCCCGCACCUGCUUUGCCCACUCCUUCGACUCAGACUCAAGAUAGGAUACAUCCGGACAUUCGAAAGUAUCUAACAAAGACAUUCUCAUCGAUGGACAGAUAUACCUACUCGACUUUUGGUCACGCUAUCGAUUUCCUUCUCGUACCGAAAGAAAGUCCUCAUUUUGGUGGUAAUUUUGAUCCCAAAGCUGUUCUAAUUUUGUUUGAAUGGCCGGAGGGCCAGCAUGGCAUGACGGCUAAGGAAUUUCCUCCUCCGGUAUUUGUUAUCAACCAAGGUCCCGCAAUACCAGCCCCUACUUCGUCUACCCAUAAGGAAGUGGAGGACCAAUUAGACGCGGAGCUCUCUUCUGCUUUGAAAUCUAUGGAGAUAAGUAACGAUCCAAGGGACUACACUCCAUCACUCCCGCCUGCGUGUUGGACCGGCAUGUACGCUAUCUGCGGUGGAGAUAUUGUGCGCCUCGAGAAGGAUGAAUAUGAACUAUUACAACGAAAUUAUCUGCCGUCCAAUUCCAAUGUCUUCGCUCAGAUGGGUAGGGACAAAACUGCAGGCAUUGCCUGGGUGGAUUACGGAGAAACAGAUCAAACGACUUUUACCAAACGACAGCCACACAGGCUUAUUGCAACUCAUCACGCUGAUGUGACGGUCCGUUUCCAAGACAUAAGUGCACAACUCCUCAUAGGCUCUGUCGACUCGCCCCUUCCCGCGACAUUUCCUGCACCAUUACCUCAUUUAACCAUCUCGUUUCCGCGGUUGCUUCCGGAAACAUGUAUUGCUAAUGCGCGUAGACCACUAUCGUUGGGCGAGGCCGAAAUACAGUCAGUGCAAUUGACGGCUGAGUCUAGCGAAUGUGUCACUGUGAUGAGGAGCGGGCAUGUUUUCGUGUUUGGACUCGAUGGAAGGCAGAGGCAUUUGUCGGAUUUCCAGGACAUGCACGAUGACCUCAUUCGGCUGUUUCACAUUCCUGCGGAGGCAAACACAUUCCAACCUGCACUAAUGGUGGAAAAUGCAUGGGGCUCUGUGAGGACGGCUGAAAUGUCUGACGUUGGUUUCCUCACCAUCGCAUACGAUAGCGGUGCUUUAAUUGUGAUAGACAUGCGACACCCAAAAAUAAUAUUCCGAGACGAAGGAGAUAAGAAGCAGCAGAAACGACUUUCGGUGGCUCUUCACAUGCAUAAUGCUGAGGAAGAAAAGCAGAUUGUGUCGUUGAAGUGGUUUGUUUGUGGAUACGAUGAAGAUCCAACUCCAAGGGUACGCUUGCUUGUAUCCCACCGCUCUGGACUUGCUCGUCUCUUCACACUUUCACAAUCCGGCUCCUCCGAAUGGAAAGUCGAGCAAGACGUCAAAAGACUUGAAGGCGUAGAGCAUCCGCUCCCUCAGGGUUCAUUUAUUUUACAGGCGAAGACAGGUGCAAGUCGUGUUGCUUCACGCUCAACAUUCAGAGAGGCGCUCCAAGGAGGUGCCGAUCCUAUGUUGGCCAAGGGGGACUUCACAGACGAGGAUGCCCACUGUUUUUGGAUCUCUGCUGGUGAGAAGGGUGUCAAGUGCCAGGUAAAUCUGACCGGUGGGAAGGUGGGAAGGGCGGAGUGGGGAAAGGGAAGACAGGUCGAGUGUGUUCAAGUUGUAUCCCGGAAAGGCACGCAUGCACUCGUUGUUGCUAUGGAUAACCGUGAGGUUAUCAUCUAUUCACUUCCAGGAUUGGAAGCAAUACAUUUAUUCAACCUGCCAAGACAACCAAACUCAGCGAUAUGUUUCGACGACACUGGAGAUUUUGUCGACUGGACCUUCGAUGAGCAGACGGGAGUCAUCACUGGCACGACUCUAGGAACACUAUUCGCUAUGCGAAGAGUUUACGACGAGCCUGUAAUCGACUACAACAUGGGAAGGCGUGCUUCUCCAGCCAUGCCACCCAUCGUACCGCUUGCACCUGUAAGCUAUCUCGGUUCUUGGUUCAACUUUAAGAAAGGCAAGAGCGGGGAUGCGAUCGACGAUUUACUCGCUGGUCCGAAGAGACCUAUUCCGCCGGACGCUGAGACGUCAACAAUUGUGAGCAAAGAAUGGCAAACACAGAUGCAAAAUCGUGCGCAAGCGAUUGCGAACCAAGCGAGCAAGACUGGCUCGAAUAUCUAUGCCAACUUAUCCACGGCUGUUUCAGACCGAGGGGAGAUGUUGAAUGGCCUGCAAGAGCAAUUUAGUGGUCUUGAAGAGGGUGGAAGGAAGUUUAUGUUAGAGGCGAAGAAGAUUGCGGCGGAACAGACUAUAGUUGCUGAAGUCCGGUCCUGGUCCGGUCCGGGCAUACUUCACCUGGACUCAGGACCGGACCAAAUCUGCGGUCCGGGAGUGUCCCGGACUGGGGACCGGACCUAUGUGGACGGGUAGUGGACCGGACCCAAGUUCCAGUCCGGUUCUGGACCGGUCCAUAACCGGACCUGAGAG